AUGUCUCUCGCUCCAUCUUUCGUCGCACGGCAGUGCACGCAAUGUCUUCGAUCAGCGCGCUCCCACACACUCCGGUACGCAGCCACGACUCCACGCAGACGGCACGAAUCGAGGAGAUGGCAAUCCACAGACACAGACGCAGCCGUCGCCGCAGCCGCGGACCCCAAGAUAUCCGGCAUUGUUGACCAGAUAAGUCAAUUGACUCUGUUGGAGACUGCAGAUCUGGUCUCGACAUUAAAGUCCCGCCUAAACAUCCCCGACAUGCCCAUCGGUGGUUUUGCCGCAGCAGGGCCAUCAGUCGCCGCCGCAGCGCCCGUCGAGGAGCCCGAAGAGGCCGCACCAAAACAGGAGGAGAAGACGCUGUUCAACCUGAAGCUGGAAUCAUUCGACACGGCAGCCAAGCCCAAGAUCAUCAAGGAGAUCAAGGCAAUGCUGGGCCUGAGCUUGGUGGAUAGCAAGAAGUUUGUGGAAAGUGCGCCGAAGAUGAUGAAGGAGGCUGUGCCCAAGGAGGAGGCCGAGAAGAUCAUUGAGACGCUGAAGGGGCUGGGAGGUGUGGUCAAGAUGGAGUAG